AUGACGAUUGCUAGAACGGCACAGGCAAAGAGGACUGGCGUCGGCACUUGCCUAAAGAGACCGAAUAGAGAAGAAACGCAAUGCAGAGGAGAUCGAAAGAUGCCAAAAGACCUUACGGGAGAAGAAAUGCCACACGCAAAGGAGAAGAGGAUCCUAACUAGGAAUGAGAGAAUCUCCAAGAGUUUCACCAAUUGGGGUCUCCCAAAGGAUGGCAGAACAAGGGUGUUUGAGUGCCAUGGAACCCCAGAUAUGAGCAUCCAAUCAUAUCUGGAGAGAAUUUUCAGGUACACCAGAGCUGGACCAUCAGUUUAUGUGGUUUCCUAUGUCUACAUAGAUAGGUUCUCCCAUCUCCACCCCAAGUUCAAAAUCACGGCCACAAAUGUUCACAGGUUCCUCAUUGCCACCAUCAUGUUGGCUUCGAAAUACGUUGAAGACAUGUAA